AUGAAAACGUUAACUUUAUAUUUAAAAAUUACUACAUUCCUUCUUUUAAUUUGGAUGUAUCAAUGUUUUUAUAACUGUUAUUCCUAUAAAACAUUGAUUGAUAAAAAUAUAUUGCAAAUAAAAAAUGAGUUAAAAUAUGAAAGAGUAUUAACAGAGGGGGACAUAGCAGGUAAUAAGCAAACUAACGCUGAAGAAUGUCUAGAAGAAUGUCCAUUAGAUAAUGAAAAAAACAAAUGUAUAGAUCCGGAUCUAUACAAAAAUCCGCACCAUUAUUGGCGUAAGGUCAUGAUUCCAAAAUUGUGGGAGCGAUUUAAUAAAGAAACAAGUGAAAUGGACCCUAAAUCGAAAAACCGAAAAUGGAAUGUUCAUUGGUAUAAUAUUUCAACUACGAAAGUUAGAGAACUAUAUUCAAUGUCUCGUCGACGUGAUAUUCCAGAUGAAGAAAAAAACGAAAAAAUUGAUAGUAUUAUGAAAGAAAUUGACUCAGAAUUUGAUAAAUUUUUAUAUGAAUGUAAGAAAGAGAUGACAGACAAUAAAACAGAAUACGAAUCUAAUAAAGAUAUAAUAGAGAAUAUAACAGAAUCCGAAUCUAAGAAAGAGCAGGGAAAAAAUGAAAUAAAAAAUAAUAAAUUAAAAAUUUGGAAAUUGUUUAUUAAUUGUUUUUAUAAUCCUGAUGAGAAUAAAAAUUAA